CAGUUUCCGGCCGACAGACCCCGGUUCCGGCCAUCUUGUCAAGACGCCUUCAGUACAGUGCAGUGUAAAACAGUGUUAAUCGUGUCUAAAACAUCGGUUUUCACUCGAGUGUUUCUAUAUUAAUUUGUGCGUCAAGCACUUCUAACAAUUAAAAAUUAACAAGACGAUACGUUAGUGAACGUACCUGAGGAUGAAGACCGAAGAUUCCCUUCCAAAUGACGACCGCGAGCGAAGUCGCGAGCGGGAUCGUUCACGCCGAACGGAUCGUCAAUCGCGUAUGAACUCAACCUCGCGGGACCGGAGUCGUGAGAGGAACGACCGCGGCCGUCGUAUCGCCGAGCGGAGGAUCUACGUAUCGAACAUUCCCUAUGACUUCAGGUGGCAAGAUCUGAAGGAUCUCUUUAGAACGGAGGUGGGUAAGGUCGCCCAUGUUGAACUGUUUACGGAUGAGGGUGAUAAGCCAAGGGGAUGUGGCAUCGUCGAGUUCGAGGACUCUGAAUCUGUCAAAAUCGCCGUAGAGAAGAUGCACAGAUUUGAUAUCAAAGGUCGUAAGCUAGUCGUCAAGGAGGAUUACGAUGCUGAGAGGGACAAGUAUGGACGUUUGCAGUCGUCCAGAGACCACGACAGACAGCGAGAGGAUCGUUACAGAGACACUGCACGUCAGAGCUCGAGACAAACUCUGUCAUCAAGUACUGGAGGUGGUGGUGCCAGCUCCAUUGGUAAUGACACAAAAUUCGGCAACACCUACGGUCUCAGCACUCAAUUUCUCGAGUCCCUGGGCAUUAAUGGCCCCCUAGUUACCCGAGUAUUCGUCGCCAAUCUUGACUACAAAGUCGACGAAAAGAAAUUAUUGGAGGUGUUCAAACUGGCUGGCAAGGUCAUCAACGUGGAGCUGGGCAAGGACAAGGACGGAAAGUCCCGGGGAUUUGGAGUUGUUGAGUACGAUCACCCAGUGGAGUCUGUUCAGGCAAUCUCAAUGCUUCACAAUCAGCAACUAUUCGACCGAAGAAUGACUGUCCGCAUGGAUCGUGCUAAUGAUCCUGAUUUGCCACCGAAAUUACCAGAGGGAUUGAAGGGAAUUGGCAUGGGACUUGGAGCUGGCGGUAACAGACUCACUGACGUGGCCAGGAACAUUCCCAAUGUCCAGACUAAUGCCUCAGCAGUUGUCAAUCCCAUCUCAGCACCAGUACUGGCUACUAGUGCCUUCGGUGCUGGGCUCAAUAAUGUCGUGCCUGCACAGCUGGCUUCAGCCCUCUCGAAUACCAAUGCAGCAGCUCUCCAGGCAAGUCUCGCUGGUGGUCUGGGUGCCAAUUUGACAACAAAUUCUCUGUUGAAUCCAUCGCUGACAUCAGAGUUGGCAUCGAACCUGAACAACUUUAGCAACAGUGUUACUGGGCUGUCAAGCCUCCAGGCUUCCCUGGCUAAUAGCCAGGCAGCGAACUCGUUUGCACCACGAGCCCUGGGAAAACUCGACUCUGACGUAGGCUUCGGUGGCAACGCUGGCUUUGGAUCUUCCAAUUACGGCAGCAGAAAUGAUUUCGAUGCUUUUGCUCGCAAUGAGGCUGACCGAAUUUCAGGGAACAGCGGUGUCUUUACUGGAAAUCAGACUAGUUCUGGAAGUGGACAAAGACAAAAUACUAAUGGAUCAAGACCGAUGUCUGAUACUAUUCUCAUUGGAAAUCUUCCGCCAAAUACCACGUGGCAAAACCUCAGAGACAAAUUUCAAGAUAUUGGAGAAGUUAAAUUUGCAGAGAUGAGGGGAAAUGACUUGGGAAUGAUCAGAUUCGCCUCAGAGUGGGAUGCUGAGAGAGCAGUGUCCAUGAUGAACCGGUCCCGCAUCGACGGCAGAGCUAUCGAGGUUCGCUUAUAUUAAACCUCUCAAGUAAAGGUAAAAAACAGUCUGUUGAAAAAAAAAACAAAUUUUAUGACGCAUAAAUUCAUUGAUCGCCUGGGGCUUGUCCGAUGGAUUCAGAGCUCUCGAUGGAAUUCAAAGAAGAUGCUGUUUUUUUCUCCUCGACGACAUUUGCGGUUUUCUGACGUUCCAAGACGAAACUAAAAAAUUAUUCCAGGCCUCGGGAGUAAUUCACAAUAUUUUUUGGAUACAGGAAACAUUAAUUCAUUGAUCCGAUGAAUUCUUCGAUUUAGGAGUAUUUCAAGUCGAUUUUUCUGGUGGACGAGGACAAACCGAAUCCCAUAACAAUAUCGUUAACUGUCUACAUCUAUUUUUCAUUCAUUAAUGUCGUGUUCCAGAGUGAAUAUUCGACAAUUGCUGUUUCAAUAGGACCUUUAGGGCUUCGUAAUUUCGGUUGUACUCAGAUUGUAAAAAUAUAGGACAUUUGUAUCUAGAGGUAUCUAUAGUUUUAAGACGUAACAGACAUUUUACAGGCAACUGAACUGAUUUAUGAGUGCAGUAGUGAAGUUUAACAAAUUUAGUCAAUUUCACUCGAUCAGGUUGUGGGAAUAUGGCAAAAACCGGAAGAGAUGAUUUUAUUUUCUGCAAACAUUCUGACAGGUGUUGCUCAACAUUGAGUAUCACAUGAAAGAAGUUUUGUUGAAAAUUGUCAAAAGCAAUUAGUUCGAUGGUAAUUCUUCAUAUUCAGUAAUGUUGAUGAAGUUCGUGUCUAUAAUGAUCGUCUGCUCGAGGUCGGUGUUUAAUAUGUUGAAUUAAAAUGCUUUUUUUUUGUCGAUUUAUAUCCCCGCACUUAGGCACUUAAUUUCAUUCGAGGGUUUUGAUCGAUGGGCGAUGAAGAUUUAAGAAGACACAUUGAAGAAGAAAUAGUCUUUUUUGACUCCACACAUGUUGGCUUUCUUUGAUGGAUUUCCAUGUUUUUUUCUCCACCUGCAGUAUUUAUCAUCAAAUUAAUUAAUUUGUCCAUCAAUAGCAAUAGCAACGCAGUCUGUUGUAUUGAAAAAUAAUCUCUUGUAAUAACCGAUGAACUUCAUACAGUGAAUAAAAUUGAGACUCAAUUUGAUUAAGAUGAA